AUGGUUCUAAACCGACACGGUGAAAGAGCUCCUGAUGAUGAUGAACGUUCUCUAUCGGACCGCCAAGAAGAGAUCCUCAAUAUCACUUACUUAGAGGGGCCAGAAGGAUUGACCAAUGUGGGCAAAAGGCGAGCAAAUCAGAUAGGUAAAUUCUUACGACAACGGUAUGGAUCCGAAGGCUAUGGAUUGAUAUCAAACCUGUAUCUCAACAACGAGAUCGCCAUCAGGAGUACUGAAAAAGAUCGAACCAAAAUGACGAUCCUAGUCGCUAUGGCUGCUGUUUACCCACCCGUAGUUGAGCAGCAGUGGGAUGCAGGUCUGGGCAAGGUUUGGCAACCAGUACCCUACGACGCUGUACCUUUGAAGGAAGAUUAUCUUCGCUAUUACUCCAACUGCGAUAGGUUCAUCACUUUGAUGACAGAAGCGAAACAGAAGUCCUUACAAGAAGAGCUUGCACCAUACACGAAUAUAAUUCCUUUGCUCGAAGAGAAAACAGGCCGGAACUUCACAGAGAACCCGUUGUUGUUUCAAACAUUGUUUGACCUUUUUAGGAGUCUGGAUGGUUUGCGUAUCAGUAUUCCAGAAUGGUCUAAACCUUUAAGACCAACGAUUCGGGAUGCAGCAACACAAGCAUACGGGUUGUAUUUUAAAACAGAUGAAAUGAAGAAAAUUGGUGGCGGUGUACUCCUGCAGCAAUUCACAGAAGCGGCUGAGGAUAUCAUCUCAGGCAAGGAAGUGUUGAAACGCCUCCGACUAUUUUCCUGCCACGACUUCAACCUCGGAGCCCUAAUGGAGGCUUCGAACGUGAAGUAUGAGCGUACUAUUCCCGAGUAUGGCUCCGUGUUUGCUCUGGAACUGUACAGGUCUAAAACUACAGGCCUUUACAGUGUACUGCCGGUGUACCUUCCUCAAGCAGGCAAGUCAAAUGCAAGAAUCUUAAGCAUAAAUGAAUGCGGAUCUUCAAGUUACUGUGACUUUAAUACCUUCAAAGACCUUACAAAAAAAUACCUUCUGCCCGAACAGGAGUACUACUGCAUUUGUAAUAUUAGAACAGAGUUAUAA